GAAAAAUGGAGAGAUGUUGUGGGUUCGUUGUACUUGUGAUUUUCGUCUUUAUACUACAUCUUGUUCAAGCUGAGGAUGAAAAAGGAUUCAUCAAUUUAGAUUGCGGUCUGUCCCCCAAAGAAUCUCCUUACAAAGAUUCCACGCUUGAAUUAACAUAUACAUCAGAUGAUGGUUAUGUCCGAGGUGGGAAAACUAGUCAAAUCGAGAAGGAACAUACACUUGCCUUCUUUGAGUCAUCUUUGAAACUGAGAUACUUUCCAGAGGGAAUCCGAAACUGCUACAAUCUGAAUGUCACACGGGGCAUGAACUAUCUAAUUAGGGCUAUUUUCGUAUACGGAAACUACGAUGGUCUUAACGUCGUCCCAAACUUUGAUCUGUACCUUGGCCCAAAUAAGUGGGCAACGGUGAAGGAUGUUCUCUCAUUUGAGGAGCUCAUCCACGUUCCAAGAUCCAACUCUUUACAGGUAUGUCUUGUUAAGACAGGGAAAACAACACCAAUGAUAAAUUCCUUGGAACUACGACCACUGAGAAACAAUAUGUAUACUACUGAAAGGGGCUCGUUUAGGAACAUGAUUAGGUACUAUUUUAGCACAACAGGUGGCUUGAUAAUGAGGCACCCAGAAGAUGUCCAUGAUCGUAUGUGGCUCAACAACUUCAAGGACGAGUGGGCGUUAAUAAAUACUGCUCUCAGUAUAAAUACUUCUACUGGUUACGAUAUCCCACAAGAUGUGAUGGCCAAUGCUAUCACUCCGAAGAAGGCUAGCAGCACAAUGCUAAAUUUUUCUUGGGAGUCGGGGGAUCCUAGUGCAGAGAUUUACCUCUACAUGCACUUUGCGGAGCUUCAGCCUCAAACAGGCGAUGAUCAGAGACAAUUUUUUAUUUUCUUGAAUGGAGAAAUAAUUAACGGACCUUACAUUCCUACACAUUUAAAAGUCAAAACUAUAUACGACACGACGCCAAGAAAAUGUAAGGAAGGGAAAUGUCUUUUGCAACUUAACGGAAUGGGGGGUCCAAUUCCGCCUAUGAUUAACGCUAUGGAGAUCUACACUUUGAUAAAUCACUCACAACUCGAAACUAAUGAAGAUGAUGUUUUCGCCAUCAAGAAUAUCCAAUCUACUUAUAGAUUAAGUAAAAUCAGCUGGGAAGGAGAUCCGUGUGUCCCCAGCCAAUUUUUAUGGGAUGGUCUCAAAUGCAAUAGCUUCGAUAAUUCUACUCCACCUAUAGUCACGUUCUUAAACCUGUCUUCAAGUGCAUUGACUGGGAUUAUCACACCUAGCAUUUUGAAUCUAACCCAUCUACAAGAACUGGACUUGUCAAAUAAUAAUUUGACUGGGGGUGUGCCGGAAUUUCUAGCCGACAUGAAAUCACUCCUGGUCAUAAAUUUAAGUAGGAACAAUCUCAAUGGUCCAGUUCCCAAAAAGCUAAUACAGAAGAAAGGAUUGAAGUUGAAUGUUGAAGGAAAUCCAAAUAUUUUUUGCACAACUGGAUCAUGCGUAAACGGAUCCAAAGAGGGUGGACAUCGGAAAAACAACAUUAUAUUAUCCAUUUCCGCAUCACUUGCUUUAGUGGUUGUUCUCGUAGUUGUACCGAUUCUAUUUUGUGUUCUCAUAAAAAAGAAAAAGCCAUCAACUGAUGAAGAGCCAACAUCAUGCAUGCUAAACACGGGUGGUAGAUCCUCUAGAUCAUCCGAACCGACAAUAAUGUCCAAAAAUAAAAGGUUUACUUACUCUGAAGUUGUGAAGAUGACAAAGAACUUCCAAAGAGUCCUUGGGAAAGGAGGGUUUGGAAUCGUCUAUUAUGGUUCUGUGAAUGAUACCGAAGAAGUCGCUAUUAAAAUGCUCUCACAUUCUUCGUCUCAAGGAUAUAAACAAUUCAAAGCUGAGGUGGAACUUCUUCUCAGAGUUCAUCACAAGAAUUUGGUUGGUCUUGUUGGUUAUUGUGAUGAAGGAGAAAAUUUGGCCCUCAUUUACGAAUACAUGGCCAAUGGAGACUUAGAUGAGCAUAUGUCAGGAAAACGUGGUGGCUCAUUUUUGAAUUGGGCAGCUAGACUAAAAAUAGUUGCGGACUCUGCACAAGGGUUGGAGUACCUACAUAAUGGGUGUAAGCCACUUAUGGUUCAUAGAGAUAUCAAAACUACAAAUAUAUUGUUGAAUGAACAUUUUCAGGCCAAACUUGCUGAUUUUGGACUUUCGAGAUCAUUUCCGAUCGAAGGCGAAACACAUGUAUCGACAGUUGUUGCUGGAACAAUUGGGUACCUUGAUCCCGAAUAUUACCGGACAAAUUGGUUGACAGAAAAGAGUGAUGUCUACAGUUUUGGGAUUGUAAUAUUAGAGAUAGUUACAAAUCAACCAGUGAUUGACCAAAACCGUGAAAAGCGACACAUAGCAGAAUGGGUGGGAAAAAUGCUUACGAAAGGGGACAUCAAGAGUAUUACAGAUCCAAGCCUCCAUGGAGAUUACGACUCCGGUUCAGUAUGGAAAGCUGUCGAACUAGCAAUGUCAUGUCUGAAUCCUUCUUCAGUAAAUAGACCAACAAUGACUCAAGUUGUUUUCGAAUUAAACGAGUGUUUGGCAUCAGAAAACUUGAGGGGAGGACAUAGUCCGGAGAUGAAUUCGCAGAGUUCUAUAGAAGUGAGCAUGACAUUUGACACUGAAGCCAAUCCAACGGCUCGGUAGAGCUAGUGAAGAAUUCUCUGUUGUAUCAAGUUGACUUUUGUUUACCCAUUAUUAUUUUACAAAACCAUAUGAAAGUUUGUGUAUCCACAAAAAUUCACCGAAUUUGUUUGUAAUCUAUGAACUUCUGACUGUCAUUGACAGUUGUGAGUUUAUUUUUCUUCAUG